CACUGGUAUAAAAAGGAGGAAACCUUUCUCAAACUCACUGGGUCUUGCUAGAGGUUUUUGUUCCCAGUGACCAUCCUGCCCCAGAGCUCCCUCCACUCCGCCCCCUUUUGGUGAUGGAGCUCCUCCCACCCACGGUCCUAAGUGGGGGCUCGAGAUUUCCAAGGGCGUGCGCGCAACGUGCAAGGAUGUCUCCUUGAGAGGCGGGGUCGUGCUCAGAGCCAAUGAGAACUUGAGGGGGCGUGGAGGACAGGGAAUCUUCCAGAGGCCGAAGCUGAAGGAAGUUCUAAAGAGGGAACUGCAAGACUUUGGAAAGAGCUAUGCAGUCCAAACGGGAGUGCGAGCAAUGGUGUGAGAGGGUGAAUCCAGAGAACAAGGCAGCACUGGAGGCGUGGGUAAGGGAGACUGGCAUCCGCCUGGUGCAGAUCAACGGGCAAAGGAAGUAUGGAGGGCCACCCCCAGGCUGGGUGGGCAGCCCGCCACCAUCAGGGUCUGAGGUGUUUAUCGGACGACUUCCUCAGGACGUGUACGAGCACCAGCUAAUCCCACUCUUCGAGCGCGUGGGACGCCUCUAUGAGUUCCGCCUAAUGAUGACCUUCAGUGGUUUGAACCGCGGCUUUGCCUAUGCGCGCUACAGCUCGCGGCGCGGUGCCCAGGCCGCCAUUGCUACGCUGCACAACCACCAGCUGCGGCCUUCUUGCCAACUCCUGGUGUGCCGAAGCACCGAGAAGUGCGAGCUGACGGUGGACGGGCUGCCUCUUAGCUUGAACCGCCGAGCGUUACUGCUCGCCCUGCAACCGCUCGGUCCCUGCCUGCAGGAGACACUGCUGCUACCCAGCCCUGGGUCUGCGUCCUCUCAGAUUGCGCUGCUCAAGUUCAGCACGCACCGAGCUGCCGCCAUGGCCAAAAAGGCCCUAGUAGAAGGUCAGUCACGCCUCUGUGGCGAGCAGGUGGCUGUGGAGUGGCUCAAGCCAGACCUAAAGCAGCACUUCCGCCAGCAGCUUGCAGGUCCCUCACUGCGGUUCCUCCGGCCAGAUGUCAGCCAACUAGCCCAGACCAGGGAGAAGCUGGGGUCCCAAGGAGCUCGGGCUGCCCUGCAACUGCUGUGCCAACGGAUGAAGCUAGGCAGCCCAGUGUUCCUGACCAAGUGUUUAGGAACAGGGCCUGCUGGCUGGCAUCGCUUCUGGUACCAAGUGGUGAUCCCUGGGUACCCAGUGCCUUUCAGCGGCCUCAUUUGGGUUGUGCUGGCCUCUGAUUGGCAGGAUGGGCAUGAGGUGGCCAAGGAUGCUGUGUCCGCACAGCUGCUGGAGGCACUGAGUGAAUCUAGGACCAGCUUGUGGUCUCCUGGGGCUGAAGCAGGUACUAUGGUUAAGCAGUGACCCCUUCUUUCUACAUGCACCCUAAAUGGGUUAAGCAGAGCCUGUGCCAACCCCCAGCCCAGCAGGCCUGGGCAGCCCAGGGCCUGGUGACAGACAGCUUUCCCUGCUGGGACAGGACCCUGUCACACCUAAGUGCUACUUUAGUUUGUGAGGAACCUUGCCCUCCCCCACUGAGCCCAGGGUCUGACCUGCUAUCCUUAGUCAAUCCCCAGCUUGACAGAUACCCUGCCACACCAGCACAGGAGCUUACUAUGAAUCUUUGUUUUUAUUUGGA